CCGUAGUGAAUGAUACCGGCCUUGUAGGCUGUGUGAUUGCGCUAGUAUAGUUGUCGCUGUCAUCUUGAGUUUGUAAAUUUCCGUCCUUUCGUAGAAUACGAUAGAGCAACGUGACUCAAAAUUUACAGCUAGGUUGACGAGGGGGUGGAUGUUUGCAAACUGGCAAGAUGCAUGGAAGAGCGAUACUAAUGACAUCACAACACUAGUGGAGAAAAUGCAGAGAAUUACUCGACGUGCUCUCCGAGGUAGUUUGACGUUCCAGAGGAGGCGAACGGGUAACGCUACCAAAAUUGAAUCCGAGAUGCAAUCGGCAGAAACCUCUGAUAUGAUCAUAGGUUUUAACAAACGACAACCAAUUUGCCAACGCCAAAACCGGCCGCAGAGAUAUGCCUUUUGUACGACCAAGGAUGCCCACAUAACAACGAAGAGUGCGAUGAUACCUAUGGCAAUGUAUUGACGGAGUUGUAAAGAAUAUGUCAAUCGGACCACGGAGAACACCACGCUCAUGCGAGUUGCCCAAACAACACACGUGAAUGAAAAUGUGUAUACCCAAUAAGCUGAGGUGGACGUCUGACCAGUGGUAUUUAGAUAUACCCACUCAGAAGCAAAAAAUGAUAUCCCC